CCCCCCCUCUACACACGUAACUGACUUUCACACACACUGCCUCGGUGCGUCAGUCCAUGCAAGGUCGAAAGUGCGCAACUUUUUUCAAGAACCUCAGCGGACCGACCAGGGACACCUGACUCAGUCUCGCUCUUUUUUAUUAUCUCCCGAGUGGGAAUAGGAAUGUGGGCUACAAGCGGACCCGAGUGUCAAAGGUCAAGCCCCUGCCCCUGACGGACACCAUGACCUCUGACCUCAACCUGAGCUCCCUGCUGAACGUGAGCGAUCUGCACAACCACUCGCGAGGAUGCUCACUCACCAAGACGGGCUUCCAGUUCUACUACCUGCCCACCGUCUACAUCAUGGUGUUCAUCACGGGCCUGGUCGGCAACAGCCUGGCCAUCUGGAUGUUCGUGUGCCACAUGCGGCCGUGGAGCAGCAUCUCCGUCUACAUGUUCAACCUGGCGCUGGCCGACUUCUGCUACGUGCUCUCGCUGCCCUUCCUCAUCUUCUACUACUUCAACAAGACUGACUGGAUCUUCGGCGACGUGCUGUGCCGGCUGCAGCGCUUUAUCUUCCACGUCAACCUGUACGGCAGCAUCCUGUUCCUCACCUGCAUCAGCGUGCACCGCUACACGGGCGUGGUGCACCCGCUCAAGUCCCUGGGCCGGCUCAAGAAGAAGAACGCCGUCAUCACCAGCGCGCUGGUGUGGGGCGUGGUGGUCCUCGCCAUCUCGCCCAUUCUCUACUACUCGCGGACGGGCUCCAAGCGCAACGCCACCACCUGCUACGACACCACCACGGAGGAUGAGCUGCCCGGUUACUUCAUCUACAGCAUGACGUUGACCGUCUUUGGCUUCUGCAUCCCGUUCAUCAUCAUCUUCUGUUGCUACGGCAUGAUCGUCAAAGCCUUGAUCCGCAACGACAUGAACAACGCGCACCUGCGGCAGAAAUCCAUCCACCUGGUUAUCAUCGUCCUGGCCGUCUUCGCCGUCUCCUACAUGCCUUUCCAUGUCAUGAAGAACCUGAACAUGCGGGCCCGGCUGUACUUCCAGAGCCCGGCUAUGUGCGACUUUAACAACCGCGUCUACGCCACCUACCAGGUGACCCGCGGCCUGGCGAGCCUCAACAGCUGCGUGGACCCCAUCCUCUACUUCCUGGCCGGCGAUACGUUCAGGAGGAAGCUGUCGCGGGCCACCAAGAAACCCUCCAGGAAAGGCGACGACACGCUGCACUCCAAGAGCGAGGAGAAGGCGCUCAACAGUCUGGCGGAUUACCCGGAGAACGGAGAGCGGCGGAUGUGAGGCUACCAUGUCGGAUAACGGACACACAGCGCGGACCCGGUGAACAUUUUUACCCUGUGACAACUGUCAUUGUGGAUGCCCUCUCGUGCUGUGUUGUUGCGCAUCUGCGUAGUCUGAUCUGACUUACACUGGCCACAAUAUUAGGUACACCUCAAAGAAAAAUGUGCCUUUAGAGAGAUGAUAAUGCUCCAGUUUGAUGUGUUCCGUGAUGCUGGUUGACAUCCAUUCACGAUUGUGUCAUAUAUAAGAUAACAUAAGAUAAGAUAAGAUAACCUUUGUCUCACAAUGGAGACAUUUGCAAAUUACAGCAGCAAAAUUUGGAGGGAAGAAAGUAGAAAAACAAAGUAUUUGCAUGCACAAAAUAAAAUUUUAAAAUGAAUUGUACACAGUACCGAAUGCCAUAUAAAAUAUUAGAUAUAAGGAUAUAUGCAAUUGCAUAUAUGCUGCAUAAGGUGGCUGUGCUAUUUAAAAUGGGUGAGUGGG